AGUCAAGUCAAUAUGAGAGUGAUCAUUAGAAAAGACCCCGCGGCUGUGUCUGAAUACAUAGCAGACUAUAUCGUCAGCCGUAUCAAUGCGUUCUCACCUUCGGCUGCGAGGCCGUUUGUGCUUGGCCUACCCACUGGAAGCAGUCCCGAGACCGUAUAUCGGAUUCUAGUCCAGCGGUAUAAAGCCGGACAGAUAUCCUUUAAACAUGUCGUGACUUUCAACAUGGAUGAAUAUGUUGGACUGCCCCGGGACCAUCCGCAGAGCUACCACACUUUCAUGUACAACAAUCUCUUUGCCCACAUCGACAUACUACCCAGCAACAUCCACAUCCUAGACGGCAACGCCCCUGACCUUGCCAAAGAAUGCAAAAACUUCGAGGCAAAGAUCGCCAAAGCAGGUGGUAUAGACCUCUUCUUGGGUGGUGUAGGUCCAGACGGUCACAUUGCCUUCAACGAACCUGGAUCCAGUCUCAGCUCUCGCACUAGGGUUAAGACACUGGCCUACGAUACUAUCCUCGCAAACUCCCGUUUCUUCGGCAAUGAUCUCUCUCAGGUGCCUCGAACCGCACUCACAGUCGGCAUUAAGACCAUCAUGGAUGCACGAGAGGUUGUCAUCGUCGUGACUGGAGUGCACAAGGCCGUGGCCCUGCAAAAGGGUAUCGAAGGAGGCGUCAACCAUAUGUGGACGCUCUCUGCUCUCCAGCUACACCAACACCCUCUUAUUGUAGCUGACGAGGACGCUACUCUCGAACUUAAAGUCAAAACUGUCAAGUACUUCGAAAGCAUCGAGCUCUCUGGCACCGACGCACGUACACAAGGCCCUCCUCUCGUCCAGUUCACGAAGCCAUAUGUGCCCGUUGCUCCACCAGCAGACCUCGGCACCCCCGUUGGGUCUAGACAAGGCCUCAAGAUCGAUACAGCCUUCAAUGGCAAAGACAGCGAUCCAGACGAGCUUACGCCCGAUAGUAUGUCCUCACGUAUUGUCGACUCUGCCAUUGCAGGCCUGGACGAAACCAUGCGUGGCGGAGACCUGAUUUUCGACCGCAUGGGUUCUCGAAUUCCUACUCAGGUAUAA